ACAGACCACAGAUGGUUUUCAGAGCAUUAACAUAUUGGCUUACUGUGAUUGAAACCUGGAGCUUCACUUUUGAACUUGAAGAAAGUUAGUGAGUGAGGAGCUAACGCGGCGAUACAACUUUUUCAGGAAGAUGAGAAACUGAUUCCUUCUAGUAGUUUGCACGUUUUAUUGGAGAGAGAAGAGGAGCCAGGACAAGCCCGAGGAUACUACAGAUUAUGUUGCCAUGGAAACCAGAGCAUGGAAGCGGACGCAAGGACCACUGAAGGUGGACGACCUCCCUUAACUGCAUCUUCAUAACAUUGCUGUCCUGCUUCACACUGUGGUGAGAGAAUGCUGUGGAGAAUAACGAUCCCGGUCAUCCUGGCUGGGGUGCUCUGCAUCGCCGCGGAGACCAGGAAGCCCCGGCCCCAGGGCUCCAUCCCAUCGCCGCACAAGACCAAGGGCAACCUGUCGUCGGAGCGGCACCACCGCCUGCUGCAGCAGAAGCCCGAGGUGCUGUCCUCCAGCCGCGAGGCCCUGGUGGUGACGGAGCGCCGCUACCUGCGCAGGGACUGGUGCAAGACGCAGCCGCUGCGCCAGACGGUCAGCGAGGACGGCUGCCGCAGCCGCACCGUGGUCAACCGCUUCUGCUACGGCCAGUGCAACUCCUUCUACAUCCCCCGCCACAUGGGCCCCGGCAGGAAGCACCACGGCAAGGCCCAGGAGCCGUUCCAGUCGUGCUCCUUCUGCAGGCCCCACCGUAUCACGCAGCUCACCGUGCAGCUGGACUGCCCGGACCUGCAGCCGCCCUUCAAGCACCGCAAGGUGCAGAGGGUCAAGCAGUGCCGCUGCAUGUCUGUGGACGUGAGCAGCCACGGGAAACUGUGAAGGAGGACGCGGAGCGGGAGCGCGGGGCCACAGGAGCAGCAUCACAGGCCCGAAUCAACAAUAGGGCAAGAUGAACUAUUUCACCUUCCUAUAAACACUGGCCUCCAAAAUGGACCUGAGUGCGACAGACGCAUUUUCUUCGAAUAAAAAAAUAAAGAAACCUCCACGGACCUGGAUGUUUGUACACGUUUGAGUAUGAAAAGCAGCAAAACAGCUGGACAAUGAGACCGUUCUGAUCACGUGGGGUCUGUGAUGGCAUUCAGAUGUUUCCGUGACGCGUUUUAUACAGCACAGUAAUUAUAGUUUGCAAAAAGCAUGGCGUUUGGAAGUGUUGUAUCGGUUCCUUAAUGUCCAACAAGAUUCAGGGUGAAGUCAAGGAAAAGUAUUUCAAGGAACACGACGCAGCAACUCGACCUGCAGCGACAUCGACCAGCUUGAGCACGACCUGAUAUUUACUGUACAUCUGCCACAAAUAUACUGAGUAGGAAACAUACUGCAGCAUGUGUAAAGGAGGUGCAAUGCAUUAUAUACAGUAUAUAUAUAUAUAUAUAUUAUGUAUGUGUGCAAGUAUGUAUGUGAAAGAUAUAUUAAAUCUAUUUCCUAUACAAAC